AUGUCAGCGACAGGGUCGGGGGCAGCAGCCCCUGAAGGCGCGGUUAUCGUGGGAGGAGGGCCCUCCGGGUUGGCAACAGCACUGAUGUUGGCCAAGAGAGGGUGGAGUGACAUCUCGGUGAUAGAGAGGACGCCUUCGGCGGACUAUUUCGAUCCUAGGGUCGCCUUCGUGUAUCAGAUCGACAGGAGAGGGCAGUUUUUUUUGGAUGCGCAUGGACUAACAGAGAAGCUCGCGGAAGUCUCCGUGGACACGCGGGAGUUCACGAUAACGAGGAUACCCGCGGAUGGCGACCGCAAGGAGCUGUCGCUUCCCAUCAUCGACAACACCCGCCCCACGGCCUACUGGCUGCCCCGCAGCGUGUUCCAGCAGCUGCUUUACAGCGAGGUGGAGUCUAAGUACCCCGAGCAGAUCAAGGUGUUCUACUCUCACUCGUGCGACAGCAUCGAGCGACUCCCGGAGGGCGGGGGCAUCGAGGUCAGGGCCAGCCCGCACGCCAGCGGUGGCGGCGACAAGGAGGGAGGGGACCAGAAAGUGUUCCGUCCCCGACUCCUUGUGGGGGCCGAUGGUCUCAAGUCGACGGUUAGGCAGCAGCUACGUGCUUGGGAUGAAGAGGAACAGAAGCAGCAGGACCCAGCGAGCGGAAAGAAGCCCGCCAAGCAGGGACGCGGGCGAUUUGAUAUGCGCAAGCAACCCUCCGGGAGCUCGGGCCUGCGGUACAAGGUGCUCUCCUUGGCCCCCAGUUUUCUUCUCGGAAACGACGACGACGCAAGGGCCGAAAGCCAAAAGGCCUACGCGGUUCUGUCCAAGUUUCAGGACGCCAAGCGGGUGAUACGGAUAGGGAUCCUUCCGUGGGGACCGCCUGGGGGGGACAGGGAGAACCGUGCCAGGGGGGGGAACUUCAUCACGUUGCCGGGGCACCCUUUGUGGGACUUGAAGACGGGAGACGAGGUCAAAGCGUACCUAGCCGAAACCUUUCCCCAGAUCCCCGUGGCCAAGGAGAUUGGCGACAAGGAGCUCGUCCGCUUCGCGGAGAGCAAGGGCGGGCGGUUUCCCGACCCUCAGUACUGCCCGGGGCUCUACUGGCUCGUCAAGGGUAGUAAGAAGAGUCAGGAGGAAGGAGACGGCGGUGGAGCAGCCCUCGUGGGCGACGCGAUCCACGCCUUUCCCCCUGAUCUAGGCCAGGGGGUGAAUUCCGCUCUUGAGGACGUGAUCGUGUUGGAGCGCGCGCUGGCGAGCUGCGGGGACCGGGUGGAGGACGCGCUUCCCGAGUACGAGCGUACCCGAGCCGCGGACUCCAAAGCUCUCGUCAGGCUGUGCCAGAUCGGUUAUCCCUGGCAGUACAAGCAGCCGUACUUCUUCAAGCCAAAACUUUGGACCGCCAACUUUUUGCUCCGGACGUUUUUCCUCAACAAGAUCCUCCCCAAGAUCUUCGGCCAGCAGGUAUUCAUGAUGAUCCAGACUCGAUACGAUAUGCCCUACUCGAAGAUCCUUGCCGACACAGACCGCACGACAAGACGGAUCUGGGGCACCGCUAUCGCGAUAGCGCUGGCGAUCGUUUUCCGACAGCGCUUGGACGUGGCGGUGCGAACGCUCGCGUCGACGGCGUUCUCGCUGUUUUCGUCCGGUGCCGCUGUUUGAUUGAUUCACGGCCGCUGUCUGAUUGGCUCGAUAUGCCGCGCUGCGUCCUGUUGUCGAUGAAUUUAUGUUGCUUUGUUUCUCUGGGUAGCUCGCCUGGUGCUGCUUGAUAUUCGUUGUGGUUCGACAUGCCUCCAUGCGAAAUGACUUGAUUGGUGGCCCCUGCCGCUUGGUCUUCGCUUCGGUUAGAGAUGCUCUACGCGAAUCAGCGUUCCUUGUUACAGAUGGUACUGGUAUCAGGGGGUGCGAGUUCUGAAAUGAUGAAUGUAUUUGUUUUGUUUUGGCACCUGCUGCAGGCUUGUUGCUGCUGUGUGAGCAUAUUGAUUGCAUCAGUAUGUCCAUGUAUUGUUUCGGUUGUUCGUGUGUGAAUUGUUGGGGGUUGUUAUGCCGUUGCGCUGUCUCGUCGACCUAUAUCCCGCCGCAGCUCUGUCUUUUUUGUAUUGUGCGGUCGUUUUCCUUCAUAAGUGAAUGUUUCGAAGUCCAUGGAUAUGUAAGCAAGCAUCAACGUCGGCGGAACGGAUUAACUCGGUGUCCACUCAUUAAUUAGCUGUUGAACUUGACGUCCAGUUGGCAUCCGCUCUAGAUCCAAGUCGCUAGGCUCGUGCCGCAUUUUUUAGCAGCCCAGAGAGGCAGACACGGCAGAGGUGUGUAGCCUUGCAUGUACUGCCCCUACUCUGUCUCUCUCUCUCUCUCUACACGCGAGAUGUGAUGAAAUACUUGUAGUUGUUUACUUUUUUUGUGCAUGAAUGUUUAUUUCGUCUGUAAUAAACAUGAGCAUUGGUGCAAACUUGGGCAAACUCUGCGUCUGUGUUUCUAUGCAUACGUUCAGGUUAUUUUUCUUGACUUGUCUAGUCUCCGGGUUUCCUCGUCCUUUUUCGAUGGAGACCGGAUACUGUUCUGGUUGGCAAAUCUGUACGGUAUGUUUCGUUGCUUCGCUAUAGGCCGAUGGUGUGUACAGCAAACGGGUUUUGUGUGGUGUACGCGAUCAUCCGAUUUGUUUUCGGCAUCGAUCUACACCUCCUCUCCUUAACUCUUUUAUUUGCUUGGGUGUACCAGCCAGGGUCACACAAGAGAUCUGAAGGAUUCUG